UGUUUUCAAUAGACGCUGGGAAGUGGCCUCAGGCCGACUCAAGUUCAGACUCGUUCCUUCUCAACUGCAGAACAUUCAAGUAACUACCCAAACCGCUUUGAGCCUGGAUUUUUGUUUUUGAUUUUUUUCUUCAUCUGUUAAAAUGAGAAAACGGAACCACGGGUUGGGGACUCACUCCUGUCUUCCCAGCGCUUGGGAGGCUGAGGCAGGAGGACUGCUAGGAGUUCGAGCGCAGCAUGGAUUAGAGAGAGAACCCGAGGGUCUCAGAAUAGGAUUGCGUGCCGUGUAGCGUGGGUGGCUCGGAGGCUCAGAAAGCGGUUCACACCUGUUGGUUACCGGCUAGCGAUGACUCAGGUCGUGGUCCCCGAUCAGUCAACACCCCCCGCCCCACCCCCUCCGAGCUCCCGACACUGACGACAAGCUUCAAGCGAAAGGUUGUACAGGGACCCGCGGGGCAGGGCGGACUGACCCCGCCCAGGCCUGGAGGGGCGGCGCUCCUGUCCGCUGUGCUCACGCCACCGCCCUCCAGGGCCGCAGUAGCUGCCCGCCGCCGCGGGAGCCAGAGGUGGGCUGGCAGGCCUGCACAUCAGAGGACAGACCAUGUUCCUGUUGGCAUAGAAGAUGGGCUCCUAACCCAGUGCACGUACCCAGGAUGCCUGCAGGCGGCUAGGACUCCACCUCCUCGUCAUGGACUGCCCAGGCUGACCAUCACUCCUUGUGGGCAUCUCCCGCUGUGAUCUGGGGAGACCAUGUUCAAGCCUCCCGACUGCCUGCUGCGGAUGCUCCGGGGCACCCCCAGACAACGGGUCUUCACUCUCUUCCUUAUCAGCUUCAAGUUCACAUUCCUCGUCUCCGUCAUGAUCUACUGGCACACUGUGGGUGCACCCAAGGACCAAGGACGACAAAAUAGCCUGCCAGUGGACUUCCCCUGCCCCCAGCUGGCCUUUCGUGGCAUCCUUGCCCCAGGCAACAUCUUCUUCCUAGAGACCUCGGACAGGACCAAACCUAGCUUUCUGUUUAUGUGUUCUGUGGAGUCGGCCGCCAGGGCACACCCAGAGUCCCAGAUAGUGGUGCUUAUGAAAGGGCUGCAUGGGUACGAGUCAGGCCUGCCUCGGAACCUUGGCAUCUCUCUCCUGAGGUGCUUCCGCAAUGUCCAGAUACAACCUCUGGACCUGAAGGAGCUGUUUCAGGGCACACCAUUGGCAGCCUGGUACUUGGAGGCGCAGAACAGCUGGGAGCCCUACCUGCUGCCGGUACUGUCUGACGCCUCUAGGAUUGCGCUCCUCUGGAAGUUCGGUGGCAUCUACCUGGACACAGAUUUCAUCGUCCUCAAGAACUUGAGGAACCUGACCAACACGCUGGGCUUCCAAUCCCAAUACGUCCUCAACGGAGCCUUCCUAGCCUUUGAGCGCCACCAUGACUUCUUGGCACUGUGCAUACGUGACUUUGUGGACCACUACAAUGGUUGGAUUUGGGGUCACCAGGGCCCCCAACUGCUCACCCGAGUCUUCAAGAAAUGGUGCUCCAUCCGCAGCCUGAAGGAAAGCCACGCUUGCCGAGGAGUCACUGCCCUGCCCGCUGAGGCCUUCUACCCCAUCCCCUGGCAGAACUGGAAGAAAUACUUUGAAGACAUCAGCCCUGAGGAGCUGGCCCGGCUGCUCAAUGCCACCUAUGCUGUUCACGUGUGGAACAAGAAAAGUCAGGGUACACACCUCGAGGCCACGUCCAGGGCUCUGCUGGCCCAGCUCCAUGCCCGCUACUGCCCCACAACACACGAAGCCAUGAAGAUGUACUUGUGAGGGUCCCCCAGACUGCCUUCGUUUUACCUCAGCACGGUUACUGCCUUUCCUAGGGGAAGCAAGACGAGCGGGAAGCAAACAGGGUUCUGCCCUGCUGCUGCUGACUUUGGAGGAGACCAAGGCUGACCCGGGGAGCAUGUGCCACCUCUGCGCUCCUGCCCCUCCAGGCCAGAGUGAUCUGGGCUGGCAAGUGGUUCUAGAAUUAGCAGCAUCUGGGGCUUUAAUGAGCUAGAUCAGCAAGCCUGGAAUACUGGAGAGCAUUCUAAGGUCGCCGGAAGAGAGGUGGGGCCAGGAGCAAUGGGGCCAGGAGCAGAGCUCAGAGCAGCCUGGGUGGAAGAGCUGCGGAAGGUGGGGCUCUCCCAGCUGAGUGAGCCCAACGGGAGGGGCAGAGCUCCCUUGGGGCACAGCUCUGCAGAUCUGCCGCAGCCCAUCCCAGUGAUCAGAGGAUGUGGAAAUUACUUUGGUGUGGGAAAAGUGGGUUGGUUUUUUUUUUAGGAGGGGUUGUUUUGGUUUGUUUUUUGGUUUUUCAAGUCAGGGUUUCUCUUGGCUAUCCUGGAAUUCACUCUGUAGACCAGGCUGGCCUCGAACUCACAGGGAUCUGCCUGCUUCUGCCUCCCGAAUGCUCCCGAAUGCUGGGAUUAAAGGCGUGUGACACCACCACCUGUCUGGGAAAAGUGUUUUAAAUGCCCUCCCUGUUGUCGACACUGGAGGCUUUAAUAAAAGUGACUUACCAACAUCUAA